CCUAUACCUAUCAUUCUUUUACUAUUUUCCAACUCAAACAAUUCAGCAAAGAAAAAACUUUUAAUUUUGAGAUUAUGAGUGAAGUUAAUUUUCAAAAAAAAUUGUUAAUUACUUGUGAAAGAUCGUAUCUUCAAACUCAUAUAAAACCAAGAGUUUUCAAUCUUUUUAAGUGCUAAGAAAACAAACUUAUUUUAACUUAAACAAAAAUUCAACAACACAAAACAUAACUUAUUUCAAUGUCGAGGUUAUCAGCGGUGGUAACGAUGCAAAAAGGAGAUAUUGCUGAAUACCAAGAAAAUGAACCAGGCAUAAUUUUGUUCGUAUAAAUAUGAUGUGUAAAUCUAAACUACAGUCAUGAUGAACUUAUCGUUGACUUUCAUCUUCUUACUGUUAUCUACGGAGGUAUUAGAUGUUAAUUCGAGCGAAAGUAGAAAAAACGAAUACAGCGAUGUUUUCAUAGAUCAUACAACAGAUUUCAAUCGACCAUUCGAUACAGAAGAAGAACUAACAAUAUUACAAGAUAGUUUAAGCCAAAGAACCAAACUUCUGGAAAGGGGUUCAUAUUUCGAUACAUCCGCAUCAAAAAAUGUCACAGCACUUGUUGGGAAAACUGCCAGUUUGAACUGUCGAAUCAAAAAUCUGGGGAAUAAAACAGUUUCAUGGAUCAGGCACAGGGAUCUACAUUUGCUUACAGUAGUAGAAAAUACAUACACUUCUGACCAAAGAUUUACAAGUACUCAUAAUAAACAAACUGGAGAUUGGUCAUUGCAGUUAAAGUACGCUCAAAUUCGAGAUUCUGGAGUUUAUGAGUGCCAAGUUUCAACAACCCCUCCAGUAGGAUACACAAUGGUUUUAUCUAUUGUGGAACCUAUAACAAGCAUACACGGAAGCCCAGACUUGUAUAUAGACACGGGGUCCACAGUAAAUUUAACAUGCAUUGUCAAGCAUUUACCAGAACCACCACCAGCAGUCAGAUGGACACAUAACAAUGAGGAAAUAAACUACGAUUCGCCCAGAGGUGGUGUAUCUGUGAUAACAGAGAAGGGCGAUAUAACAACUUCGUAUCUUUUGAUUCAGAAGGCCCGGAUAUCAGAUUCGGGUAUAUACACCUGCUCUCCAUCAUCAGCCAACCCUAAAUCUGUGAAUGUUCACGUUCUAUAUGGCGAACAACCUGCAGCAAUACAAAGGGGAACAAGGAUAUUAUUAAAAAACAGAAUAUUAAUAUUUAUAUCAUUAUUUCUGGGUACAAAAUUUAAGUAAUUACCUAUUAAAGAAUUAUUAAAUUAAAAAUACAA